UCGGUCGGCCGGUCUCAGGUGAACGGCAGUCAUUACCGCGACAUCGAGGUGUUCGGUGAUUUUUUAUUAACCGCGUUGCUAGUUGCGAUCAUAGUUUUUAUUAACCGCGAACAAGGCGCAAGGCUUUGCGAAUUUACAACCGCACUUUGGGUAUUUCCAAGGUGUCUCUCUCGUAGUCGCUGGAAUGGAUUUACUUGGUGAAUCAUAAGUGUUCUGAGUGCUAUUGUGAUUGGCAUAAAUGCUGCAAGUGUUGCGUUUGUUUUGGCAUUAGGUGCAGUGAUAUUAGGUUCAACGAUUUCCAAGAGGAAAGCAUAAUCAAGUGUUUAUUAGUUUGAGCAGCUGUUCACUUAACGGUAUAAGAAAACAUUUACCGCAGUUUAAAAUUGACUAGAACCCACAUGUGACAGACAGAAAAGAGUUAAACCACUCAAAAACCGGAGGAUUUACAACAAACAACAGAACCGGAUUACGAAAGCAGAUAAUAGUGAGAUGAAUCCUCUCAGCUAAUAAUCCGGUGCAUUAUUUGAACCAACUCAAUAGUCACGAGUAGUACGUAAGUUCAUAAAUCAGCGCAAAAUGAGUGGGAUCCACAACGAAGCCUACGAUCACGACACGACCGGCACCCAGCUAUCACAUCGUAAACGAAGCUCAAUCGUAAACCCAGCCGAGCAUGGCAAUGGCGACAGCUUUACCCUUAAUCAUUUGUCACCCGAGGCCACCGAGACACCGAUAGCGCCAUCCCUUUUGCAGCCCAAUGGCAAACGCCGACAGACCACCCUGGAUAGGUUCACGAACUGGCGAAGGCGACACCAGGCACACAUUCGGAUAGCACUCCUGGCGGCACUGAAUGCGGUGGUCAUCGUGUUUUUCGGCUUCGCCACCAAUCACUACGUGGAAAAAGACAAAACCUGCACCAAAGGAUGUGGCAUGCAAUGGUGCGACGGCUACGGAAUGCUGGUGCUUCUGCUCGGCUUCAUCUACUUGGGUCUAGUCUACUUCCACAUCCUGAAACCUCUUCUGCGGAAGCCUUUCAAACAGUCCAUCGUCAAGCCGCUGGGCACGUUCUGCCGACAGUUGUUCGAUAGUCUAUACGCCAAGCUGAUAGCGGUCGGACUGGUCAUAAUAGCGUUCGCUCUGUUCUGCUACUUCGAAACCAGGGACGAACCGGAAAGGCUGAUGUCGCUCAUCGGUAUGGUUACGCUGUUCUGCCUAGCCUUCCUCGUCUCCAAACAUCCCACGAAGAUCAACUACCGUCCGGUGGUGCUCGGAGUAACGUUCCAGUUCCUUCUUGGACUGUUUUGCAUCCGAUGGGAGGUUGGCCGAAGUAUUUUCAGCUGCAUCGGGGACAAAGUGGCCACAUUCCUGAACUACUCAGCGGAGGGUGCUUCCUUCGUCUACGGGGACUUCAUCGUUCGCAAGGAGGGCGUGUUCGCCUUUGCCGUGCUAUCUGUGAUAUACUUCUUCAGCUUCUUCAUCUCGAUUCUGUACUACUUGGGAGCGAUGCAAUGGGUGGUUCUGAAGCUGGGAUGGAUCCUUCAAUCGAUUCUGGGAACAACGGUUUGUGAGAGUGUGAUUGCAGCGGCAAACAUCUUCCUUGGUAUGAGUGAAUCGCCACUGCUGAUUCGGCCCUACAUCAAGGAUUUGACCCAUUCGGAGGUGCACUCGGUGAUGACCUCCGGGUUCGCAACCGUAUCCGGUACAGUACUGGCAGCUUAUAUUUCGUUUGGCGCCCAACCAGCCCAUCUAAUCACUGCCAGCGUAAUGGCAGCACCUGCAGCUCUCUGCUUCGCAAAGUUGAUCUACCCAGAGACAGAGGAGAGCAAAACUCGAUCGGAUAACAUUCAGAUGGAGAAAUCACCGGACUCUUCCGUUUUGGACGCGGCUUCAAACGGAGCAAACACUGCCACUGCCCUUGUCUUGGGCAUCAUCGCCAAUCUGAUCGCGUUCGUGUCGUUCAUCGCGUUCCUCAACGGUGUCCUCGGAUGGUUGGGUGAACUUGUAGGAUGGGAAGAUGUCUCGCUGGAGAAUAUCUUCGGUACCGUGUUCCGACCGCUGGCGUUCGUAAUGGGUGUGCCAUGGGACGAAAGCUACUACGUAGGUAAACUGAUAGGUAUCAAGACCAUUGUCAACGAGUUUGUAGCCUAUCAGAAGCUUGGCGAGUUCAUCGAGGGAAAAUUCCUCUCAGCGCGAUCGGCCGCCAUCGCAACAUACGCCAUUUGUGGAUUCGCCAAUCCCAGCUCAAUGGGCAUCAUGAUCGGAACACUGAGUGCGAUGGUUCCCGACAAACGAGCGGUCAUUACGUCGGUUGCCUUCCGGGCGUUCAUCACCGGAUCGAUUGUGUGCUUCAUGACUGCCAGCAUAGGAGGCUUACUGAUGGAUGCAAAAAUCUUCAACAACUUCGGAUAAGCAUUCGCUCAAGAGCCACUCGAUGACUAAACUAAACAGACCAAAUACCUCCCAGUACUCAAGCCAUAUCGUUCCGUUAGAAGCAUGUCGUUGCAGAUUUUAGCAAGCGUGGUAUCUUUGUCUAUCAUCGUGUUUUUAACGAUUGACGGUUUGCAUUAACAAGCUGUACUUAGAACCUUUGUUUUGAGUCGUCACUCCUAGCAAGGAAAGGAUAACUUAUUAUGUAUGUAGUAUUGAAAAGAUAGGUGCAAUUUUAGAGUAUGAUGAGAAGAAUGUUUUAAUUGUAGUGUCCCAAGAGAGUAUAAAAGUAACAUGCUGUUUGUGAAUGUCAGUACAAAAAAUGUAAAUAAACCACUAUUCGGAAACAAUAA